AGUCAAUUUGAAACUUCAAACAAAAACAAAAAGUGGAAAGUGGAAACUGCAAUUUGGAAAAGUGGUGGAAAAUUGCACGAAGUUUCGGUGUUUGUUUUUUUUACUGUGAAGAAAGAAGUAUAUUGGAGAUUAAAUACCUAGUUGACUGUUGAUUUCCAUACACUCGGGUGGUUGUUGCGAAGAUAAAGAUGCUGCGUACAAAAAUACAUAUAGCAUUAAGUGCUCUUGGUACGCUACUAGGUAUCUCUGCAUUUAUAUGUUUUUGCAUUGUUUACGCAAAUAUCGAAGCUGGGAUGUGGGCGUUAUUGUCCGGUAUACAUGCCGGGCUGACUCUUAUGCUUCACUGUCACUACUUGAAAGAGUCGCUGCAUGUAAAUUUUUCUAGAAAAGCUCUCCAGUACCUCGGAGACUUUGGCAUGGUCGGUUUUGUGUCUGGCGCAGCUCUGACAUUGUUCUACUUAUUUUUGGAAAUUUAUUACAAAGCUGAUGUAACACCAAUACAAACGAGCAUAAUCAUCCGAAUGAUAUGGUCAUUCAUGAUGCUAAAAUGGGGUUUCCUUCUCUACAUGUUCACGAAGAAGUAUCUUCGCACCUACAACGACCAUCAGCUGUUCUCUGAAAACCCUAACAUUGAAGAGACAUAAGUAAUUAUUAUUUUAUUCCUUUAUAUUCAAUAGAGAGUACCCAAUUUUUUAUAUUAUGUAUAAAAUACGUAAGUUCCAGUAAGUGAUUUUUUUAAAAGUAGUUAUAAAGAUGUUUUUGUUUACUUGUUCUGUAACUGUAAUGCUGAUUGCACAUUACCAAAGGUCCGCACGCGCCGAAUGCAACCCAUUUUUCAGUCUACUAAAAACAACAUCCUAACUGUUCCUUCUGACCGGCAAUUUCUGCUAUUCGUUUCCGCAAUACAUAGUACAAUAACAAUUAAUGUGAUUGCUUGAAUUUAUGGUAUUCUUGCUGCAACAAUA